AUGUGUAGCCGUGUAUACCUACUGUAAACUGUCUGUUUCACUUUGUCAAUAGAAGUUAUGGCAGUAAUAAUGACAAUUUUGACAGUUGUAAAUGUAAACAUCGGAACAAUACUGUCUAUAAAACCUGUAAAAUGAUAACGUUAUUAAAUGUUACCGAUAGACGCGAAGACGUAUCUCAAUUCAUUAUCAGUGUUCAUACUUGAUAUACUUAGUUUUAAUAGCAAGUUUGAAUUUUAAAGUGCCAAAAAGAUAUACACAAAAAUGUCUAAACAAAUUGUUUUUGACAUGAGAAAGAUUUUCGCAAGUAGUGUAUCUGCAGUGCUUCCAGAUCAUCUAAUAAGAAGGUCCGUGAAAUAUAAUCAUUCAAGCCAACAGUUAAUUAUAGGCGGUGAACAUUUUUGCUUACGUAAUAAAAAUGUUCAUUUGGUCGGAAGUGGAAAAGCAGUGCAAAACAUGGCCAAAGAAGUUGAGAGAAUCUUGAAUGGAAAAAUCAAACAUGGAAUCAUAAGUAUACCUGACGGCACCCUCAGUUCUAAGUCAAAAAAUGAAAAUAUAUUUUAUUAUGAAGGUGCUCUAAACAAUCUGCCAGACGCUAACGCUGUAAUCACAGCUAAAGCAAUCAGAGAUCAUGUCAUGAACCUUGGCUGUGAUGAUUUGCUCUUAGUUUUGUUAUCUGGCGGAGGAUCAGCUCUUAUGCCAUUACCUAAACCUCCCAUUAAUCUUGAUGAGAAAAUAAACCUAAUAAAACAAUUAGCUAACAGUGGUGCAGAAAUAAAAGAAUUAAACACUGUCAGAAAACGGAUAUCGGAUUUGAAGGGAGGUCAGCUGGCAAUUAAGGCUCAACCAGCUCAAGUUAUAUGUUUGCUCUUGUCUGAUAUUGUAGGAGACCCAAUUGAUUUCUUAGCAAGUGGACCCACUACAGAAAAUACAGACAAGCCAUCUGAUGCUGUGGAUAUAAUUAGCAAAUAUAAUUUAAUGGAUCAACUUCCAGAAUCAAUCAAAAAUGUUUUAAGUGAUAAUAGUGUUAAAGAUCAAUUUCCUCAUGACAAUGUUAGAAACUAUAUUAUUGGAUCUAACAAAAUUGCUAUAGCUGCAGCUUCGGAAGAAGCAAAGAAAUUAAAUUAUCUGUCUUUUCCCCUGUCUAAUGAAGUUACAGGAAAUGUGAAAGAAGUUGCUUCUGAAUAUGUUAAACUAACACAACAUUUAUGCGACUAUCUAUCUGGAAAAAUAAACUUAGAAAAUUUAAGUCUAUGUGUCAAAGCUUGUAAUAUUCCUGGAAUUCAUGAGAAAAAAUUGGGCAAUUUGACACCUAAAGAUAAAAAUUUGUGUUUAAUACUUGGUGGAGAAAUAACUGUGAAUGUAAAAGGAUCUGGGAAAGGAGGCAGAAAUCAACAAUUGGCUUUAGAAUUCUCUGAGUGCAUUCAUAAUAACAAAGAUAACUUUAAGAACUUUAAUGUUCACUUCUUAAGUGCUGGUACUGAUGGAAUUGAUGGCCCCACUGAUGCAGCUGGUGCUAUAGGACAUCUAAAUUUAAUUUCUGAUGCUAAACAGAAGAAUAUUGACUACCAGAAGUACUUGUGCGAGAAUGACAGUUACAAUUUCUACCGCAAUCAUUUUGAUGGACAGUAUCAUGUUAUUACAGGCCAUACAAACACUAAUGUAAUGGAUAUACAUAUUAUAGUUAUUACAAGGGAAACAAAGGAUCAAUAAAUUAAAUCUGUAUUGUUAAUAUCUUUUAUAU